GUCGCUCCUCACAUCUGCAACUAUAUAUAAACACGCACAGAUAACAGCUUUCUUCAUGACACCAACACUUGGAAAAGGUUGUCGCAAAGAAGAAUCAAGUUCAGGGUUCUUUUCCUCCCCUCAUCCACCGCCAAAUCCUAAAGAGAAGAGACGAUCUCUCUGUUCCUCUUUCUUGUUGUUGGGCUGAGGCUUUGUGUUUGGGUUCUUGAAAUGGGGCUGAGAGAUAUUGGGGCAACGCUGCCUCCUGGGUUCAGGUUUUAUCCGAGCGAUGAAGAGCUGGUGUGCCAUUAUUUGUACAGAAAGGUUGCCAAUGAAGAGGUGCUGAAGGGGAGCUUAGUUGAAGUCGAUUUGCACACCUGCGAGCCAUGGCAACUUCCUGAGGUGGCGAAGCUCAACGCGACCGAGUGGUACUUUUUCAGCUUCCGCGACCGCAAGUACGCCACCGGCUACCGGACCAACCGCGCAACGAUAUCGGGGUACUGGAAAGCCACAGGCAAAGACCGCGUGGUGCACGACCCAAGCACGCGAGAGGUCGUGGGGAUGAGAAAGACAUUGGUGUUUUACCGGAACAGAGCUCCUAAUGGGAUCAAAACCGGUUGGAUCAUGCAUGAAUUUCGCUUGGAGUCCCCACAUAUGCCUCCCAAGGAGGAUUGGGUGUUGUGUAGAGUAUUCCACAAGAGCAAGGAAGAUAACGCCAUCAACACCUUGCUGAGCCCACAUUACACCUUCAAUGAAGCAACAGCUGCAUCAUCACUUCCAUUGGUGAAUUUCGACGCAUCCCAUUAUAAUCCCCCACCGAAUCAAGCCUUCUCUUGUGGGAUGAUGACCUACCCUCAGGUUGCUUCGUUAUCCUCAACGUCAUCGUCUCUCCAUGGCCAUAAGUCCCACUCCACGCUGAAUCUUCUGCAUCAGUCCAAGGGAAUAAGCACCAAGCUCAUCGAUGAUGGUUAUGGAUUCACGUGGGACAUGAACUUCGAAGACAACAGUUUGGUAGGAGAUGCGUUGCCCACUAACUUGGAAGACAUGAGCAUUGAGAUGGAUGGUGGUUCAGUUUUCCUCUAGUUACUAACUGCGUCUUCCAGCACAUUCCUGCAGUCAUGUAUAGAGUCAUAUGGCGUUGUACAUUAUGGCUUUUGGGUCGGGGUGAGACUUUGGGAAAACUAGUGUACUUAGAUCAUUGUAACAAGUUAGAGUCGGGUAGGUUCUGUUUGAUAGUGCUUUGGUUACUUGUGCAUUAUCGUUAUAUAGAUAGGUCUAGAUGAUAGACAUGUCAUGGGAAUUAGCAGAUGCAGUUCCCUAUCUUUUCCAGUUUAAAGUUUGUGAAUGAACUGAUCUGUGGCUUAA